GGUCUGACAGUGCCGGUCCAGGUCCCUCCCCUCCCGGCUGUCACCCUGGGCGGGGAAAGGGAACGUGUUCGCCGCCCCGUGAGCCGCGGAGGUCCAGGGCUGGGCUCCACCUCCUCCCCUCUGUCUCCCCCUCCCUCGCUCCUGUCUCCUUCCUCCUCCUGCUCAGGCCAAGCCUGGGUCACUCCCGCCAACCACGCAGCCUCCGCCGCUCGCCCGCGCCUAGGUCAUGGCCAACGGGGAGACGUCCCGGAGGAAGGAGCGCGUCCUCUGCCUGUUCGAUGUGGACGGGACCCUCACCCCGGCUCGCCAGAAAAUCGACCCCGAAGUAGCAGCCUUCCUCCAGGAGCUUCGGGGACGGGUGAAGAUUGGGGUGGUGGGAGGCUCCGAUUACUCCAAGAUCGCGGAACAGCUGGGAGAGGGGGACGAAGUCAUAGAAAAGUUUGACUACGUCUUUGCAGAGAAUGGGACGGUGCAAUACAAAAAUGGAAGGCUGCUCUCCAAGCAGACCAUCCAGAACCACCUCGGAGAGGAGCUUCUACAGGACCUCAUCAACUUCUGCCUCAGCUACAUGGCCUUGCUGAAGCUGCCCAAGAAGCGCGGGACCUUCAUCGAAUUCCGAAACGGGAUGCUGAACGUCUCCCCCAUUGGCCGCAGCUGUACCCUGGAGGAGAGGAUUGAAUUCUCGGAGCUGGACAAGAAAGAAAAGAUCCGGGAGAAAUUCGUGGAGGCCUUGAAGGCAGAGUUUGCGGGCAAAGGGCUGAGGUUCUCCCGAGGGGGCAUGAUAAGCUUCGACGUCUUCCCUGAAGGCUGGGACAAGCGCUACUGCCUAGAUCGUCUGGACCAGGAGAGCUUUGACACCAUCCACUUCUUUGGGAAUGAGACCAGCCCCGGCGGGAAUGACCAUGAGAUCUACGAUGACCCCCGCACGGUGGGGCACAGUGUGGUCUCUCCCCAGGACACCGUGCAGAGGUGCCGGGAGCUCUUCUUCCCAGAGAGCGCCCAUGAAGCAUGAGGCUGUGUCCCUAGGGCUCAGGGACCAAGGUGUCUUCACCUGGGGUUUGUCGAAACACCCCCAGGGCAUGUGGAGAAGAGCCCCAACUGGCUGCAGUGGGGGAGGGAGGGGAGCCUUGCAGCAGCCCUGGCCCUUCUCCCUGCUCCCGUCUUUUUUCCCCUUCCCCACAGAGGAAGAGCAUCCCCUGCCUGUCUGCUGGAAAGGACUCAGAGCAAAGGUCUUGGGUUGGAAGGGGCCCAACCAAGCUUUGUCAUGGGGGCAGAUGGACAGACAGAUGAAUGGACAGGCAGAUAGAAAAUGUGGCUGAUGGCCCAAGGCCUCCCUCAGGGUGUUUAUAGUCUGGGUUACUGAUCUCUGGCCCCAGGUUUCCAUGCACUUCCCUAUAGUUCCAAGGUUGCCAGAGUGGGUGGGACAACAGGCAUCCAGGAAGGGAUAGGUUUCUCUUUCUUCUGCCACCCUUUUAAGCUUCUUUUAGGGCCUGGAGAGUAAGUGGGUGAGGGGCGUUGUGGGGGGAAUCCAUCAGUAAGCCUUCAGGAAGUGCUGGCUAUGGGCCAGGACCCUUCCAGCCUCUGCCCCACCUUGGAUUAGGGACAAGCCAGCUGCACACCAGGGGUAACCCAGAAGGUGGGUGCUAGCCUCAUUCUUGCAUGCCUAAGAGCUUAAACCCCAUCUCUCCCAAGAGGUAAAGCCCUAAGAGGCAGGGAUGUGAUGCCCUGGUCACCCUUUAUCUCUCCCCCCACCCAGAGCCACUAUUGGACCCCCUGGCAUGCCAUUCAACUAAGAUACACAGCGGUGGGCUAGUGGAUGGCCAUGUCGCCUCCUCCCUCCACACCCCCCAGCCUUGCGGCUGCCUGGCAGAGGUACCAUCCUAGGCCCUUUUUGCCUCUACACCCUCCCACACACAAUAUGGCCUGUUCCCUCUGGGUCUUAUCCCAGCUGACCUCUGACCCUUGUGCUAGGACACUGUCCAUCCUCACCUAGAAUGAAUCAGUGUUUGUUCUUCUGUGCAAAAAAAGAUUUUUACGUUGGAGAGAGUGUAUGUAUGGAAGAAAAAGCUCUGCUUAGGGGUGAAGGGCACAGCUCUGAACAACAGAGAGCUUUAUUAUGUCACAAAUUCUAUUAAACAGCAGAAAUCUGUCUC